AUGAAUGGCAUUGCCGCAGUCCAUCCGCCAGCAUGGCGCGCCUAUGUUCACCUCUACCUUCCCCUUCUGACCACGAUCCUCAUCUUCCUUACAGUCCCCGAUCCCUUCGGCCAUCGCCUCCCCAUUCUCCUCGCCGGGAUACCCACCUACUUCCUCGGUUCCUUCGUCUAUCCCUCCAACCGGCCAGCUCCCAGUCCCGCACAACUGGUCCGCUUCACGCGCAAAGGCCAUCUCUACCGCGCUGGUGUGCUCUUCACCUACGGGCGCAUCCUCGGCUCACCGUUCAAUCCGCUCUUCUUCGUGGGAGAUCUAGCGCUGAACUACGGGGCCGGUUACGUCAUUGGGGAAAGGGGCGUGGGGGAACCGCAGCGGAGGUCUGAGUUUGCAGUACAUGCACUAUGGGCGUUGGGCAGUGGCAUAGCUAUGAACAGUGUGCCGCCUCGUUGGGGCAUGCUGCGGAACUUGGUGGGCACCGUGGACAGGACGCUUUGGAGGGCGGCAUGGCUUGCGCUGUUUGAUGACAUUGUUGGCAUUCUAGCCUAUCCAGACUUGGAGACGAGAAAGGGAAAGGCAGUUGUGGUGUGUGUGCAGGGUGCUGUGAUUCUUGUGGUUGUCUGUUUUACGCGUUAUCGGCUCGCGUUGGGCGGUGCUCAGGGGAUGCGGCAACACGCGAAGGAACAAGUCGAGGCUGACCAAGUGCCGACAUAA